UGGAGAUUUAUCCGUGUUUAUACGGAGAGGAAAUUCAGCUGUACGAGCGGUUUAGCUCCAGAGUUUGGCCGGGGAGAACGAGCAAAGAGCGGACUGAACUUCUUUUGGUCUUCUGACGGGCGAUCAUGGACUCAGUGAGCAGUUUGUCUCUGCUGGGCUUCAAGGAGCUUUCGGUCUGCCUGGUGGACUGUAUGAAGACUCCGGGAGUCCUGGGAACAGAGCCCAAAGACUCAUCUGACAGCCUCACUCAAAUGGAUCUGUCUGUGUCAUUGGUGGAAUGCAUGAAAACUCCAGGACUAAAUGGUGACAGUGACCAUCUGAAUCAUAACACCUUGGAGCUCAAGCUGAAACAGGAGGAUGAGCAGUUGGAGAGAGAGUAUGACUACCUGAAGCUGGAGCAGCAGCCAGUGUGGCAGGACAGUGGAAUCACAGCAGAGAGUAAUUUGUUUAAAGAAGAAGAUGAUAAAAAUUUCAUCCUGGUGGAAACCAAAACUGAAGAGGAUCAUGGAACUGAUGGCACGCUGUUGGUGUUUGAGGAGAACCGUCAUGGCACAGAAGGGACGGCGUGGCUCAUGCAGUGCCCCAAACUAUCAGAGUCACUCAAAACAGCCAUGCUGGGCGCCAAUUCAGGCGUAUGUCAGCAAGAAGUGGAUGUAACCUCACAAAAAAGUCAGGUAGAUGACACUAUAUUAGACAGAAAGGAGACGAAUCAACAAGACACUGACGCUGAAGCUGUGGAAACCUCUGAGAGCACGUCUGGAGACCAAACAGAGAGGAUCCAACAGUAUGCUGCACUCGAACCCCGGCGCCAUCACUGUGAGCACUGUGGGAAGUCCUUUGCAAGGAAGAGCAAUGUCCUCCGACACCAGCGCUAUAACUGCAUCAGAACAAGAACCCAAGAGAGGCCUCACACCUGCACGCAGUGCGGUAAGAGCUUCAGUGUGUUACACACCUUGCGGCAGCAUCUCCUCACUCACACUGGGGAAAAAAUUUACCACUGCGAGGUGUGCGGGAAGCAGUUUGGAAGGGAAGGGACUCUGAAGGCGCACAUGCCAAUCCAUACAGGGGAAAAACCUUAUAAAUGUGACCAGUGCGGCAAGACCUGCGCCAGGCAUGGGGACCUUAAAAUUCACAUGCUCAGUCAUUCUGAGGAGAGACCACACAACUGCAGCUACUGUGCGAAAAGCUUCAAACAGCUUACAAAACUGAAGAAGCACGAGCGAAUCCACACAGGGGAGAAACCAUACCAGUGUCAGCUUUGUGCAAAGAAGUUUAGACUGCGGCAGACACUGGUUUCACACAUCCGCACGCACACUGGAGAGCAACCAUUCAAGUGCAGCUUCUGCCCGAAGGCCUUCAGUAUUAGGAGCAACUUGAGGACACACGAGCUGAUACACACUGGGGAGAGGCAGUUUCGCUGUUCACAGUGUAACAAAAGUUUCCGACUGCAUCAGCACCUGAUAUUCCACGAACGUGGCCACAGGGGGGAGAAACCAUACAAGUGUGACAAGUGUGGAAAAGGUUACUGUCAUCCAUCAACAUUAAAAGCACAUCGAUCUUCUCAUGAAGAGAAACCACCACGUUGCGCCGAGUGUAAGCAGGAAUUCACAGAGCAAAAGGAGUUAGCCAAUCACAAGUGCUGCCAGACAGCAGAAAAACCACACCGUUGUUCUCAGUGUGGAAAGUGUUUUGCCCAGGUUAUGAAUUUGAGGAAACACCAGCUGAUCCACUCGGGGGAGAAACCUUAUGUGUGUAAAGAAUGUGGGAAGCAAUUCAACUACAAAGGCAACCUCACCAAGCACGUGAGCAUCCACACCGGUGAGAGGCCCUUUGAGUGUGAACUCUGCAAGAAGCGCUUCAGGCUCCUGCAGCAUCUCACAAAUCACAGAUUAACUCACAACAAAAAAAGUAGAGACUAAAUUUGAUAUUUUGGAGUUUUAGUAGAAGCAGCUUUCUUUGUUUAUAAAUUACAGUAUUUCUCAAUUGCUAAAACACAUUUCCUGAGUGCGCCGAGUGUAAGCAGGAAUUCACAGAGCAAAAGGAGUUAGCCAAUCACAAGUGCUGCCAGACAGCAGAAAAACCACACCGUUGUUCUCAGUGUGGAAAGUGUUUUGCCCAGGUUAUGAAUUUGAGGAAACACCAGCUGAUCCACUCGGGGGAGAAACCUUAUGUGUGUAAAGAAUGUGGGAAGCAAUUCAACUACAAAGGCAACCUCACCAAGCACGUGAGCAUCCACACCGGUGAGAGGCCCUUUGAGUGUGAACUCUGCAAGAAGCGCUUCAGGCUCCUGCAGCAUCUCACAAAUCACAGAUUAACUCACAACAAAAAAAGUAGAGACUAAAUUUGAUAUUUUGGAGUUUUAGUAGAAGCAGCUUUCUUUGUUUAUAAAUUACAGUAUUUCUCAAUUGCUAAAACACAUUUCCUGAGUCCACCACCCAUUUUCCCUAAACUUUAAAGACAAAUCCAAAAGCUCAAGCUGAUUUCACAAAAUCCCAUUCUUUCCUGUCAAAAUCAAACCAUCACUGCAAAAAUCAGUUGCGUGUGUGUGGGGAGAUCACACUUUAAGCAAGUAAAAAAUGUAUUUAAAAGACUUUGUUACAUGCUACAUCAAAUAAUUUAAAAUACAGCACCCAGGGCAUGUAGUAAACAGAAAAUGUUUGUACACAAAAACACUGUAGUACUCAGAGUGACAUGAUAGUGCUGAAUGUAGACAGACAAAAAAUAAAAAUUAAAAAACACAUGAAAAACACAGCACUGUAGGACACAGAUUCAGUCUGCACCAUCAUGUCUGUGUGCGUAGUCCAGCCAGAGGACCUCAUCUACAUCACAGGCACUGUGGUCUCUUGCCAGGCAAUUGGAGAAAAUCCCUCUUGUGCUGAAUCCAGCCUUGACAGUUCUCCACAGUCAUAUUGUCAUGCAUGCUUUGUUGCCUCCAAUGAAUUCUCCCUGGUGUAGAGCUGGCAGUCAAACACCUUCCACCGUCACCAGAAAACAACUACUCUUAGGGCUGUAUGGUGGCAGGAAAAUGUUCAUGUGUGAACCACUGAUGUAUCUGGACAGCACAGUGGAAGUUCACAUUGUCUCAAACUAUGACAUAUACAGGUGGCACCACAUGCUGAUCCAGUUGAUCAUGUACAGCCAUGAUAUCCUGUAGAACACCCAGAAAUGUGAGGACAUGUUAAAUAUUGUAUGGUCCCAGGUUUGCAUGACGGUGAACCCCCCAGUUACUAAUGACUGCACAGAGGUUGACAUUGCCACCAUGCUGGCCAGGGACCUCCACAAUAGCACGAUGACCUAUUAUAUUCCUGCCUCUCUGCCUCAUUUUUGAAAGAUUGAAUCCUGCUUUAUCCAUGUAGAUAUAUUCAUUGGGCCCUUCCAUGGCAUCCAGUUCAAACACUCUGUGUAAUAAUCCCAGAUAAAUGGUAGCGAAGUGAAAAUGGUACAGAAAGACAGUAUGUGCAUUCCUGAUGUUUGUAGGUUACCAUAUAGUUUACAGUACUGUGGAAGUUGCAACUGGAACUACUAGCCUGCAGUAACAGCAGGCUUGUGAGAAUGAAAUUGCACUCUGCCUAUCAGUCCUGAGUGUGUGUGUGUGUGCGUGCGUAGGUAACACUUGCUUGCACAUACUGGUUUCCUAGCUCAGUGACCCUUGCAGAGUUGCGCUCAGUGGGUGCUCUGUACACCUGUUUCAUGCUGAGUCUGUUGUGUUGGAGUACCCGGUCAAUCGUUGACAAUGCCACUGUUGAUGCCAUUAAAGUUUUGUCAUUGUCUUCUAUCAUUCUCUGCUGGAUUUCUCAGAGAGAGAUGCCAUUGUUCUGAAGGACCAUGUUGACAAAGAGUGCAGUCAAUCUGCCCAGAUUCAGUUGUACACUCAGUUGUCCUGCUUCCCUCAUUGACAUCCUAUGUACGAGGACAUUGUGUACGAUAGUUGCCCAUAUCAGUGAUGAAUGCUCUCGGUCAUCCACGUCCUCAUCCUUUUCCUCUUCGUCCAACACCUCUCACACACACUCUUCCUCCUCUGCCUCUCUGUACAUCUAUGUCCAUUGUAGAUGCCCAUGUGCCACCUGCACUUUGACCCGACUUUUAUCCUGCCCGUUUGGUCUGUUCACAUCAUUGGACACGUAUUCAAUUGUGAGUUGCUGUGUGUAACAGAUGACAGUGGUGUUGGAGUUUGCAUUCUGCUGCCAGUGUUUACUGUUUUGCAACGUAGGUGUGACGUGUGUUUAGUGACAGAAUGUGUUUGCUGUUGCGCAAAACGAGUGAUCGAGUUGCACCAGUGCCUGAACUGUGUUAGCAGUUUUACCAAAAGAGUGUGUGAUUCAUGAAAUUCAUUUAGGCCUCUGUCGAUUUUGUUUGGGGAAUGGAGUUUAGCAUUUUAGCAAUUCAGAAAUACUGUAAAUGGCACCUACUAGCUGGCUCAGUAGGCCGUUAUCACCAAUUAGAUUGGUAGAUGGCGGUUGGGAGGGACUAUGAUGAUGAUGUUGAUGAUUCCUGAUCCAUUCCAGACAUCCACUCCAGUUCACUUCACACCGGGACAGGGCCUGGGGCAUGGCAGGUAAACACCAAAAUGUGUAUUUAGCCUCUUUUAACAUUAUUUUGUCAUUAACUGAAACAGUUAUCAUAAAGAAAAUAUGUUCAAACCUUAUUAUUUUUAUGCUAAUGUAGCCUGGAAAUUGGUUGUUACUGCUGUAUUACUUUAAGUGAUGCUAACGUCAAAGCGCUGCAUGCCGUGCUUUUAAAAUGAAUAGUGUUACUAGUGUUCAGUUAGACUUUACUUCCCAUGUGUCAGAUAUGUCACUUAAAUAAAUUAGUAAAAAAAAAUAGGAUCUGUUUCAUCAGGUCCUUGCUGCUAUCCUUUGGCUAGACCAGGUAGGCCCAAUUGAAUCCAUUUUUGUUGUUUGUGUACACAUCACAUGCUGUCCAUGUAUAGUAGGUUACCCUCAUACUUUAAUAUCUGUUUCAUAA